AGGAGGGCAACCAAAAUGGUCAAAGACCUGGAAACGAUGCCUUAUGAGGAACGGCUAAGGGAGCUGGGCAUGUUUAGCCUGGAGAAGAGGAGGUUAAGGGGUGAUAUGAUAGCCAUGUUCAAAUAUAUAAAAGGAUGUCACAUAGAGGAGGGAGAAAGGUUGUUUUCUGCUGCUCCAGAGAAGCGGACACGGAGCAAUGGAUUCAAACUGCAGGAAAGAAGAUUCCACCUAAACAUUAGGAAGAACUUCCUGACAGCUCUUUGGAACACACCAACAUUCAUGGAUUCUGCUGGGUUGUCAGAGGCCGGUCAGGUAGCUGCCGAUGCCAGGACACACUUCAAAGUCUGCAGGUUCAUCAUGGAGGCAGGUGUGAAGCUGGGCUUGCGCUCUGUCCCCAUUGCCACAGCAUGCACCAUUUACCACCGGUUCUUUAUGGAGGUGCCUCUGGAACCUUAUGAUCCCUACUUAGUAGCUAUGGCUGCCCUUUACCUGGCGGGGAAGGUAGAAGAGCAGCACCUGCGGACAAGGGACAUCAUCAAUGUCAGCCACAGGUACUUGCACCCACGAAGUGACCCCCUGGAACUGGACAUGCAUUUCUGGGAGCUGAGAGACAGCAUUGUCCAGUGUGAGCUGCUCAUGCUGCGGGUGCUGUGCUUCCGUGUCUCCUUCCAGCACCCCCAUAAGUACCUUCUCCACUACUUGUUGUCCCUGAAGCACUGGAUGAACCGGCACAGCUGGGAUCGGACCCCAGUGGCCGUGGCAGCCUGGGCCUUGCUGCGGGACAGCUACCACGGGCCUCUGUGCCUGCAACACCCCCCUCAGCAUAUCGCUGCAUCCGUCCUUUACCUGGCCCUGCAGUGUUACGGGGUGGAGGUGCCUGCUGAUGCUGAAGCAGAGAGGCCUUGGUGGCAGGUGUUCAGCGAAGAUCUCUCCAAGAAUGUCAUUGACCAGAUUGUCUUGGGCUUGAUCCAGAUCUAUACUCUGGAUACAGAAAUUUCUUAAGUACAUCGGGCCGUAAGGAGAAGGCUUCAGUGUCCCAAGUCGACUGGUCACUUUAAGUGGGGUUGAGGUGAUAGUGUUGCCCCCUGAAAACACACCAAAUUUGUAUCCUGUUUGUUUUGAGCGACCCAGUAGAGCAGAAGGGGCUGGAUUGGUGUUUGUGCCUGGAUAGACUGUGUUCUGUGGUGUCCCUGAAUCCCUCUCCUGCCUGGAAUUAGUCUGAAGCCUUUGAUCCUCUACUCUCGACUUGGUGCCAGCUCAGAGUCCAUGGGGAAAGAAGAACAUGGGGAAGGAACCUGUUCCCUCCCUACUACAGGUGAAACAUGUUGCCAGGAUAUUUCCCCCACCUGUUUCUGGAAUGGCUCCCCAAAGCUUCAACGUACCAGUCAUAGAUCUUGGAUAAAGUACCAUGACUCCAUGACAUCUGACAAAGACUCCACUGCUGUGAAUGCCUUAAUUCCAGAGUACGAAAAAUUCAUGGAUGAACUAUGGCUGCCAAUGAAUCGAGAAAAAUGGCAUCACUCAUUUCGAGCCU